GCAACAUUUACUACACCUUGGGAAACAUUUCACCAGAACGAAGAUCAAGUUUGAAUGCUAUUCAGCUUGUGGCAAUAAUAAACAGCAAGCAUCUAAAGCAGUAUGGCAUUGACUCAAUCCUUGAGGUUAUCAUGGAUGAUGUCAGUCAACUUGAACAGGUAGGCCUACCCGUCUUUUGUAAUCUACAAUACAUUUAGGAAUAAGUCCUUAAUUUUUCAAUUGAUCCUCAGUUCAACUGCAUUUUAAAUUUAUAACUAAGGAUUUGUUUUCUUUUUUGCUUUACUUUUGUAGGAUGGUGGUUAUGCAUUUGAAAUAGAUCGUGAAUUGCGUUCAUUUAGAGGAACUAUUGCAUAUAUAGUUCAG